CUGCUCUGGGCCGGGCAGGCGCGGCGUGAUGACGUAGCGAGCUUCCAGGCGCUGCUGCAGUCUUGGUCUCAGAUUGGCAAUUGCCCACCAUUUCAUCCUCUGCAUCAGCUCAUCAUAUGAGCAGAGAACUCUUUGUGCUCACCUAUGGGGCUUUGGUAGCCCAACUGUGUAAAGACUAUGAGAAGGAUGAAGAUGUGAACAAAUAUUUAGACAGAAUGGGAUAUGGCAUUGGCAUAAGACUCAUUGAAGACUUUUUAGCUCGUUCAGCUGUGAGGAAGUGCCAUAGCUAUUCGGAAAUUGCAGACAUGAUUGCACAGGUUGCCUUCAAGAUGUACCUCGGGAUUACUCCUAGCGUGACCUGCAUCAAUAAAAGGGGGAAUAAAUUCUCCUUAAUUCUGAACAAGAAUCCUUUAGUGGACUUUGUUGAAGAACUUCCAGCAGGGCGGUCUUCACUUUGCUACUGUAACCUCCUAUGUGGUGUUAUUAGAGGAGCCUUGGAAAUGAUUAAUUUAGCUGCAGAAGUUACUUUCAUUCAAGACAGAUUAAAGGGUGAUGAUGUGACAGAAAUAGGAAUUACAUUUUUAAGGAAGCUGGAAGACAAAAAGUGCAAAAAGAAGUAAGUGGAGAUAAUAAGAGAAGGAAUUUUCAUAAACUAAUAUUUAGACCACUUGGUCUCAGAAGAAAAUAUUUAUCAUGGCAGUGGUGACCUUCAGAUGCAGCUCCUCACAUCUUAGAAAGCUGAAGACAGGCAAAUAGCAAACACCAAAAUGUACAGAAGAUUUUACACUCCAUGUCGCAGAGUUCAACAUAAAUGACUGAAAAGGUUUGAUCCUUUCCUUCCAUCGCCAGGCAGCAAUGCCAGUGAUUUCAAUGGAAAUUUUGUUUAAGUAACAAAUCUCUUCUAGACCUCAAAUCUCCACUUGGACUCCUAUUGUUCUUCAUUAUAAACGUGAUUCUCUUUACCGGUUGCUCAUGAGUGAUAUUUCAAAGACUUCAAAAUAUUAAGUUGUUAUAAAAAUAUACUAUAUAUAUUCCAGGAAUAAGGAUUAAUUUGCUGUAAAUACUUUGUGCAGUUUCCAAUUCUGCCCUUGUUUCACAUUUGCUCCUACUGAACUCAGGCCAGGAUGAAAUUUCAUUGGGAAUAGGAGCAGAUUCUUAGUAAGGAAACCUAAUAACUAUGAAGUCCAGUGCUUGUCCGUUUGCAUGUAGGAGACCUAUAGGAUUUUGCUAAAUAAUGCAGUGCUAGUGCUGCUUGAGAUUUAGCAGAUGCAUCUACACAUGCAAUUAAUAUGACUGAAUAAACUCCGGUGCAACUUGAGGUGGAGGAAACUAAGCCCAAUGUCACCGUUUACACAUGCAUUUAAGCACAGUAAUUUACUCUGCCAUCAGAUGCUACCCGUGUCUGAUGGAAUUAUUCAAUGCCA